UAUGUACCAAAAUAUCGAGCGAGGCAAUUAAUCCUCCAUGCGUCGAUUGCAGAAGAAACAUCAAGAAACAAACGUCCUUGAUUGGGAUAUAAAACAACGACCCGUCCUUUCCUCAAGCCAGUUUUCUUCAAUCCAGUCAAUCAACACACCGCAAAGCUACAAGACCACGCAAUUAAAACCAAACAUAAUCCAGGAGAACAUCCAAUAAACCAAAUAAAUUAAUAAUAAGAAAAACAAUCCCACACGCCAAAACCCAAAACUCAAAAAAACAACAAACAAAAAAUGUCUUCAUCCAUCAAGCCCAUCGUGGUCCACGGCAAAAUCGGCCCCAACCCGCCCAAGGUUCACAUGCUCCUGAACGAGCUCGGACUCCCCCACACCACGACCCCGCACGACUUCACCAGCAUCAAGCAGGAGCCGUACCUGACAAAGGUGAACCCCAACGGGCGCAUGCCGGCCAUCGAGGACCCCAACACGGACCUGACGCUGUGGGAAUCGGGCGCGAUCCUGCAGUACCUGGUGGAGACGUACGACAAGGAGCACAAGGUCAGCUUCCCGGCGGGCAGCAACGAGUCGCACCUGGCCAAGCAGUGGCUCUUCUUCCAGACCACGGGCCAGGGCCCCUACUACGGCCAGUUCGUCUGGUUCACAAAGUACCACGAGCCCAAGGUGCCCUCGGCCGUCGAGCGCUACGCCAAGGAGAUCAACCGCGUCACCGCCGUGCUCGAGACCCACCUCUCCAAGCAGGCCGACGACGCCGACGGCAACAGGUGGCUGGUCGGCCGCAGGUUCUCCUACGCCGACCUCGCCUUUGUGCCCUGGCAGUACUACGCCGGCAUGCUGGCCAAGGACUACUACAAGAGCGACGACUACCCCCACGUCAAGAAGUGGUUGGACGCCCUGGUGGCCAGGCCGGCGAUCAAAAAGGUUGUAGAGGAGGAUAUGGCCCGCUAGAGGGAUUGUCGGCCUUGCGAUGAGGAAGUGGUUUUGGGAGGUUUGAGGGUUUGAUGGAUGGGAUUGUCUUGGUGUGUCUAGAAUCUAGAUUGCUCGGGGUUUUGUCAUCAUGGACCUGACAGCCGGCGUGUUUGGAGCACCAGCAAAUUUGCAUGAUAAAAGAGCGUUUGAUAUUGAAAUAAUAACAAGUACCAC